AUGGCAAAGAGCGCACGAGCAAGCACCAGAAAGGCCAACAACAGGCGCCUUGUCAAAAAUGUUUUUGGUCCUGCUGAGGCUGCUCGAAAUGAGCGUCUCUCUGCUAAGCUCCUUGAGUUGGCCAAGCAGCCCAAGCCUGAGUCCUCAGAUGUGAACAUGAACACACAAGAAGAAGACGCCAACGAUGAUGUCAAGGAGGAUGUUCAAGACAAUGAAGCCACAUCAAUGGAUGUGGACUCAAAGAAGCCUUCCAGUGGUCGUAUUGAGAAGAAGCGAGUCGACAAGCGCAAGCAAAAGGCUUCCAAGAUUGUCUUCAAGUCUUACGGUAGUCGAUCCAAGAGCAAGAAGAAGAGCUCUUAA